CUGAGAUUUCUCUGCUUUCUUCCCUUGAAGCUGAACUAUUUUUUCCUUCCCUGGAGCUGAGAUCUCUCCACCUUCUACCCUCAGGUCUGGGAUCUCCCUGCCUUCCUCCCUCACAGCUGAGGUCACCGCUGCCUUCUCUUGGACCUAAGAUCUCUGCUUUCUGGACACCAGCUCUGUGGGGCAGAUCCCAAGGAGGUCUGAGCCAGCCCCUCACAGAUCUGCUGCCUCUGAAGGCCAUUGGAUCUCAUCCUCCUCCUCUGACUACGUGGUUGCAGUCCCUGCUCUGAGGGCAGGAUUUUACCCUCUGUAAAUCUCUGUACACCAGCCUGCUGUCCCAAGAAGGCCAGGGAAAGACCUCUGCCUCUCUGGGAUCCUUCAGCCUCCCCAGCUCAGUGUGCAGAGGACCAAGGCCUGACCCAGCAGGGAGCCUGCAGCCAGAGGGAUGGCCCCUGGGAGCAGCAGACCCCCAGCCCAGGAGCUGGUGACAUUCCAGGAUGUGGCUGUGGACUUCACCCAGGAGGAGUGGGGCCUCUUGGACCAUCCUCAGAAGGAGUUGUACAAGGAGGUCAUGCUGGAGAAUGCCCAGAACCUGCUCUCCCUGGAAAGAGAGAUUAGACCUGAAAUGAAAGAGACUACUGCAAAGCUAAGCAUUUCUGUAAAAGAAACUCACCAGGAAAACUUUAUGAGUGAUGGUUCCUGUGACUUCACUGGGAGACAAAUACGUGCUGUACUUCACAGAAUCCACACAGGAAAGAAAUGUUACAAUAGCCAUUAUUGUAGGAAAGAGCCUAGUCAAAAGGCAUCCCUUAUUUACCAUCAAAAAAUUAAUACUAGAGAGAAACCACAUGAUGGUCAAGAAUGUGGUGAAGCUUUUAGUGAAUGUUCAUCCUUCAUUAUACAUCAGAGAAUUCACACUGGCAGGAAAUCCUAUGAAUGUAAUCAAUGUGGAAACACUUUUAGAAGAAGGGUUUCAUCUUGGUAAACAUCAGGGAAUCCACACUGGAGAGAAACCUUUUGAUUGUAAUCAAUGUGGAAAGACUUUCAGACUGAACUCCUUACUUGCUCUACAUCAGAAAAUCCACACUGGAGAGAAACUUUAUCACUGUGAUCAGUGUGGAAAGGCUUUCACACAGGGCUCCAGUCUUGCUGCAUAUUACAGAAUCCACACCAGAGUGAAAUGGUAUGAACCAAUGGAAAAGCUUUCAGAAUGAACUCCAAACUUACUGUACUUCAGAGAUCCAUACUGGAGACAAAACUUAUGAGUGUUUGGAAAUGUGAUAAAAUUUUUAUGUAUACCAUCUCCUUAGCAAACACAUCUGAUCAAUGAAAAGUAUGAGAGACAUAAUUUCUCAGUAAUGGUUUCAUUAAUUAUAGCUAGUGAAUAUUUAAUAACAUGAUGAUCAUUUAGCUAUCUUUUGUAAACCAAAGCUGAAUCAUGGGGCUUAUGAACACUUAUAUGACCUUAGAUAAGUGGGAGUUACCAACAGGUAUAAAUCAAUUCUAUGAAACUAAUGAAAUUCCAUCUAGAGUAAUAUGUAUAGCAGUUAUACCUUUGACCCAACUCAGGCUCAACAGACUCCAGCUUUGAUUCAAAAUGGCACUCCUUCAUUGAGUAGAAUUGAUAUUAUCAGAUCUUGGAAUGCAGAAAGUAAGAGAAUGGCUCCAAUCUCCAUGAUGUGGGGACUCAUUCAUGGUAAUUCAACAUGCAUUGAUUAUGUGCUAAGUUCUGGGGUACAAAACAAGGUGAAACAGCCCCUUCCCUCAAGGAGCUCACAUUCUAAAGCAUUUCAUCAAGUAAGUCAACAAACAUUUGUUAAGCACCUGGUUUGGUCUAAGUAACUACUAGGCUCUUGGGGAUUCCGAGAAUGGAGAAAGAAAGGAGAGAAUUUGCAAACCACUACAUACACACACCCACACCCAUACAUACAUACAUACUUACUAAGAGAUAUAGUGGUUAUAGUUCACAGGAAGACCUGAGCUCAAAGCUGGACUCUAAUACUAGUUAGUUUGCCUUUGUUUUCUUUACUGUAAAAUUGUGGUAAUAGGGCCUGCACAGCAGGGUUGUUGGGAUCUGAUGAGGUAUUAUUUAUAAAGUGCUUGUGCCUGGCACAAAAUUAAAAAUUGUUUGUUUCCUUGUUUCCUACUGUCAACCUGAAAGUGGUUAAAGAGGCAACAAGCUAGGUGAUGAUUAAAUUCAUAUUGUUUGUUCCCUUAAGUUAGUAACAUGUACAUGGAGCCAGAGCUUUA